AUGCAACCGUUUGUCCGGACAAUGGCAUUUUCCAAGGACACCUUAUCUUCCGAGAAAUUCUGUCGCGGAUACUACUUCCAGAAGUGCGAUCCAACAAAUUCGGAUUUAAUUGCGAAAACGCCGGGAUUUGAUCAUGUCGGCGUUGUUGGGGCAGCUCACGGCAAUUUUCCUCACCAGGAUGGAUGUCAAAAAUGGCCAUCCAACGGGACUGUGGCGGAUGCUGAGCGUAGGAAGCCAAUUUUCUUGUCAGCCCUAACCACCAUCGAUGAGGUGUCGGAGGAGCAAGAAAAAGUUGAGGAAUGGAGGGACGAUGAUUAUGAAAAUGAGGAGGAGGAGGAGGAAGCCGAUCAGCAGAAGGGGGAUACCAAAGAGGAUGAACAGGAGGUGGAACAGCACGAACAGGGACGGAGUAAAGAAAAGCAAGGGGAGGAGCAAGAACAGAAUGGGUCCAACAAACAAAAGGCUACGAAGGAUGAUGAUGAUGAUGAUGAUGAUGAAGAGGGGGAGGAAAGAGAACGCGAGCAGCAGAAGUCGGAUAAUAAAGAAAAUGAAGGGAAGUUAGAACAGGGUGACCGUGGACAGGGGAAGGAAAAGCAAGAGGAGGAGCAAAAGGAGAAAGAAGUCAACAAAGAACAUGAAGACGAUGAUGAAGAAGUGGAGGCUGAGCUGGAGCAGCCGAAAUUGACAGCUGUGCAUUUACCAGCAGAAGAAACUGACCAUUUUUUGGAUCAAAGGAAACGUAAACGCCGCCCAGGCGUUUACGAGGAUUUUGGAGAAGGUUAG